AUGGAGCAAAAAUCCCUCAAAAUAGAAGAAGAUGGCAAGUUCUUCAACAGGCUAAUCUCCAAAGAAAAAGCCUCAUUAUCAUCAUCAAACAGUACUUCUUCUCAUCAUUACUAUGGUGGAGCUUCAGGUUCUGUUCCAUUCAUGUGGGAGUCUCAACCUGGAACACCAAAACAUUUCAUCUUUGAUAAUUCAUCUCUAAUUCCUCCUCUAACACCUCCACCUUCAUACAACUCCAAAUCUUCAAUGCAAAUGCAAAUGAUGAACAGCAAAAAGUCAAAGAAAACAUGUUUGACCAACAUUUUCUUGUCCUGGAAAAAUUUUAAGUCCUCCACAUCGUCACAUGUCUCACCAACUGCUUCUUCAAUGCCUUAUGCAUCAUCAUCAUCAUCCAAUUCUUCUUCAUGGUCUUCAAGUUCUAUCAAGUCCAAGAAUCAUCAACAUCAGCAGCAUCAUCGUAGUCGUCAAUAUCGAUGUUGUUUCAUCAAGAUCAGGUCGCAGAUCCGCCUAAAUGAUUAG